AUGGAAACGGUUGCAAAUACUUACAACUCUUGCAUUUUAUGUAAGAGCAGUUUGGUUGACAGGAAUUCGUACUUGAUGCCAUGCAUCCAUUCUGUUUGUGAGGCUUGUAUUAAACUGACGGAGAAAAAUGGUGCCGAGAAGAAUGGAUCUGGAGAUGGAAAUAAUUCACCGACAGUCAUAACGUGUAAAGAUUGCAAAGAAAAAUUUCAAGUAGCUGAAAUGGUUGAAAACCUUCUAACCAAGAAACCCUUGUCUGAAGCUGCAGUGCCUCCUGCAGAAGAAGUUGAAGUACACAAAUGUACUGGUUGUGAUGAUUCAAUUGAUGCCACAUCCCAUUGUGAAGAUUGUGAAGAGUGGCUUUGUGAUCAAUGUGUAUUUGCUCACAAGCGAGUCAAAAUAACAAAAGAUCACACCAUUACUAGUAAAAGUAACAACAAUACUAAAGAUGGCACUUCUAAUGAAACUGCUACCUAUUGUAAAAUCCAUAGACGUGAAAAAUAUAAUUUCUUUUGUGAAACUUGUGACAUGUUAACUUGUAGAGAUUGUCAGUUAAUGGAGCAUAAAGAACACAAAUAUCAGUUUUUGUCUGAAGCAGCAGCCGUCUAUAAGAAUCAGACUGAAAGUUUGUUGAAUAUGUUGCAUGUGAGACGAGACACUCUUCAUCAAUCGGCUUCCAAAAUUCAAGAAAAACUAGCUUACGUUAAGUCACAAAAAGAUGUGGUACGCGAUGAGGUUCAGUCACAAGCCCGAAAACUAGUGGAACACGUCAUUGAAUUUGCUAAGCAAAUCCUUCAAAAUUUGAACUUUGUUUGUGAUGCGGCUGGAAAACGGUUAGCUCAGGAAGGUGCAGAAGCCAGCUCUAUGUUACUGAAAAUAGAUCAUAUGGCAACGUUUCUAAAAUCUCUCAAAAAUGAAUCCAAUGACCUAAGUCUUUUAUACACUAAAAAGAUAAUACUCAAACAAGCUAAUCAUUUAGCUCAGUUGAACCUUGAUCUU